AUGUCUGCAAGUGCUCGAGCUGUACAUCGCCCGUGCGGGGCUUACCCAACUCAAGGUAUUCAUAAGGCAAUUGCGGCUUGCGUGAGUGACCGCGAUAAUAAUGUGAGAAACGCUGCAAUAAAUGGGUUAGUGGCGUGCUAUCGAGAAGAAGGCGAUCAGAUGUGGCGCAAUGUGGGCAAAAUGGGUGACAAAGAGCGUGCCAUGGUAGAGGAGCGCAUCAAGCGAUCAGGAGCAGCUCCAGGAAGCGCCGCACCUCGUGGUGGCGCACCCGUAAGGGUCGGCGGUGCAAAGAUAGUGGUGCCUGCAGGAUCUGGGUCUGCGGUUCGCCGUCCAUCUAGUCGCAGCGCUUCAUUAAGACGAGAUAAUUCUGAAGGUCGUACAAGGGAGAACAGUCCGGAAGGCGAGAGAGAAUUAAACGGUACUUUCACCCAAGGUGAGGAAGGAACCAAGGAGUCGUCUUCAGCUUAUCCUCCUCGUUACACAAUUGACGAUGAGUAUGUGGAGCAGGGCCCCACAAAUUUGAACUCAACUCAAGUCCUACUUGAGAUGGACAAAAUCCAAUUUCGGCAACCGACAAGAAAUCCUCCUGCUCCUCAAUUUCCGACUACUCCUUUGAGACGAAGUGGCUCGUCUUCUUCGAUUUCUUCUAUUGACACUAUGGAUCAACUGGAAAAGGUCAUCCAAAACAUAUCAUCCGGUCUUAUUGACGUUGCUAAGGAUGCAUUGGAACAGGUUCGAAGUUAUAUUGUACAUCAGUUAUAUCAUAAGUUCCCGUUUGCACCUUUUAGUUUACAGAGCUUCUAUUGUUUUUUAAUUAUUUUCCUAGAAAACUAG